AUGCAGGACACACAGCGCCUCCUGCUGGGAUCCUCUGUGCUACUGCACUGCUCCUUCCAGGAUGACCUGGGGCAGGACCCUGGGGCCCCGCCCCCGGAGCCUCCGAGGGUCAAAUGGAGCGUGAAGAGCGAGGACGGGUCCCGUAGGGUCCUGGUGUCUCUGAACGGGACGGUGCGCGUGGAGGAGGACUAUGUGGACCGGGCGCACCUGCCGCACUGGCCUAGCCACGCCCCCACCAAGACAGGCCCCGCCCCCACCGAGACAGGUCCCACCCCCACCGAGACAGACCCCGCCCACGACGUGUCCCUGCUCCUGUCCCAGCUGCGGCGCUCGGACUCGGGUGUUUACCGAUGCGAGGUGCAGAGAGGCAUCGAGGACCAUCACCAGGACAUCAGGGUCAAUGUCAUCGGGGCGGUGUUCCAUUAUCGCGCCGCAGGAGGCCGAUAUAACCUAACGUUCGCAGAGGCUCAGGCCGCCUGCUCAGAGAACAGCGCCACCGUGGCCUCACCACAUGAACUGCAAGCGGAGUUUGAGGACGGGCUUCACCAAUGCGACGCAGGCUGGCUCUCCGACCGCACCGUCAGGUACCCGAUCCACGAACCCCGGGAGGAGUGUUUCGGGGACAAGCUGACUCUUCCCGGAGUCCGGACGUACGGACGACGAGACGAAAACGAGACGUACGAUGUUUACUGCUUCACAUCCAACAUGAGUGGUGGAGUCUCCCCCCUGUCCUCCCCCCUCCUCUUCUCUCUCCCUGAAGCGCACUCGGCCUGUGAUUAUGGGGGAGGACGGCUGGCAACGGUGGGGGAGCUGGUCCUGGCCUGGUCCCGGGGUCUGGACUCCUGUAGUCCCGGCUGGCUCAUGGACGGCAGUGUGAGGUUCCCCGUGACCACCCGGCGCCCUCAGUGUGGGGGCGGGCUCCUCGGGGUCCGGACCGUCCACCUGAACCCAGACCAGACCGGGUUUCCCCUGCCCCAGAGCCGCUACCAGGCCUUCUGCUACUCAGAGCUCGCCACGGAGGAGGAGGGCAGUGGCGGCGUCGUCAUGGUGACGCAGCGGCCUCUGUUCUUCCCCGUGACGACGGCGAGCAGUGAAUCUCAGGGAGAGACCGAGACGCUGCAGCCAAUCAGCAGCGAAAACAGACCAGUGACUCCGCCCCCCUUCUCUACACGGCCACUCCGCUUACCUUUUGAUGCAGAGCCAAAGGUCACACUGCCCCCUACAGGUGUGGUCUUCCACUACAGACCCGGUCGCAGGUACUCCCUGACCUUCUCGGAGGCUCAGGAGGCCUGCCUCAGAGCAGGGGCUCGGGUCUCCACAGGACCAGAACUCGAGGAUGCUUUCAGGACUGGACUGCACCAGUGUGACGCCGGCUGGGUCCAGGACCAGACCGUCAGGUAUCCAGUGGUCCGGCCCAGGGCAGAGUGUGGAGGGGGCGGUAGUCCCGGAGUCCGGACUUACGGCUGGAGACCUGAAGACGAGACUUGGGACGUGUACUGCUACAGCGCCACCAGCAGAGGUGAGGUGUUCCCAGUGGCGGCCCCUGGUGGAUGGUCGUUCUCUGAGGCUUCACGCGCCUGCUCUGCGGAGGGGGCGGAGCUUGCCACGGUGGCUGACCUGCACGUGGCCUGGAGGAUGGGCUUUGAUUGGUGCAGAGCAGGGUGGCUCUCUGACGGAUCUGUGCGAUAUCCAAUCAGCUGGCCCCGACCGCAGUGUGGGGGCGGAGCUACAGGAGUUCACACAAUUUACAUCAACGACGACCAGAGCGAGAACCCCCCCGAGAGGACCCGCUUCGACGCGUUCUGUACACGAGUGUCCAAUGGAACAGUUGAGGUUUUGAACAAGACGAGCUCGACACUCCACACCAAACCAGCUCCCAUCCCUUCUCCGGAUCCCGUGGACUCCUCUGGGUCUGGUCUUUCCUCUGGGUCUGGUCUGGUCCAAUCUGGGUCCGGUUUGACUUCUGCACAAGAGGCUGGAGGGGAGGGCAGUUCCGCGCUCAUCGUACCCAGCAUAGAGGACCACCUCUCUGGGGAGAGCAGCGGCAGUGGCAGCCCAUCUGGAUCUGGACAGUUCAGCGCAGGGUCCAGUGGUUUCUCCUCUGGUUCAGGAGAAAGUGGAUUCUUCUCUGGUCUGGGCUCGGGUCUGGACUCGGGUCUGGACUCGGAUCUGAGCUCUGGUCUGGGCUCUGGUCCGGGCUCGGGUCUGGGCUCUUUGGGCAGUGGAUCUAUGAACUUUGUGAAUGGAGACCUGAUGGACUUCACGGUUCAUUCCGGCUCUAGGCAGGAACUAGGCUCCAACACCCUGUUGUUUUCUGGAUCUGGUCUUGGCUCAGGUCUGGGGUCGGGUCAUGGUUCUGGACUGGGGUCUGGUCUUGGUGAAUCUGGCUCAGGCUCCUCUGGCAGUGGGUCUGUGAACUUUGUGGAUGGAGACCUGGUGGACUUCACUCUUUUCUCCGGAGAUAAACAAGAACUAGGCUCAGGGUCUCUGCUGUUCUCUGGAUCUGGUCUUGGGUCUGGGCUUGGAUCGGGACUUGGUUCUGGACAGGGGUCUGGUGUGGCCUCGGGUCUUGGGUCUGGUCUGGGUGAAUCUGGCUUAGGCUCCUCUGGCAGUGGAUCUGUGAACUUUGUGGACGGAGACCUGGUGGACUUCACUCUUUACUCCGGAGAAAAACAAGAACUAGGCUCAGGGUCUCUGCUGUUCUCUGGAUCUGGUCUCCGCUCGAGUCUCGGCUCUGGAUUGGGACUCCCCUCUGGGUCUGGGUUCGAUAAGGUCGCAUUUGGGGAGUCUGGCUCGAGUUCUGGCUCAGGGUCUGGAUUCUCUGGUCUCCCGGAUAUCACAAUGGACCGGUUUUCGGGCUUCAAUGAGAAGUACGGUUUCGGUUCCGGGUCUGGACGAGGUCCUGAGGAGGCCUCUGGAUUGACUUUCUCCGGUCCUGUUACACCACCGUCUGUCACUGACAAUGCUGGCCCCGCCUCCAUGUUUGCCCCGCCCCCUCAGGAGAACUCCACCAAUCAGCUGCCUCCAGGUCUCUGUGGGGCGGACUGGACGGUCUUUGAGUCCCGCUGUUACCUGAUGAUGUCUCAGCGUCUCACUUGGUUGGAGGCGGAGCUUCAGUGCAGAGAGAUGAACGGUCAUCUGACCAGCAUCAACUCCGAGCACGAGCUGGACUUUGUGACCGGUUUGGGUCCAGUUUAUCAGUGGAUCGGACUCAACGAUCGAGAAGUCGAAGGAACUUUCACCUGGACGGACCAGUCAGAUCUGGCCUUUGCUCAGUGGCGCCCCCAUCAGCCCGACUCGUACUCGGGGCCAGAGGAGGACUGUGUGGCUCUGAUCCCGGAGAAUGGAGGAGAGUGGAACGACCUGCCAUGUACCUACCACCUGCCAUUCACCUGUGAGAGAGACCCCCCCAGUGACCAGUGGUGGUGA